CUGCAUCGGGCCAAUAAGCCCAACAUGACCUCAUCACAGCUCACCCGGAAGCGGAAAUGUGACCGGCUGUCACGGAAGUUGAACUAGACACCGGAAGUGGCGGCGAUGGAUAGCGAGUAUUCAGACCCCGACCUGGCAGGCUUGGGAGAGAUGGAGAAUGGAGAGAAUGCACCAGUGUACUGCAUUUGCCGCAAGCCAGAUAUCAACUGCUUUAUGAUUGGGUGUGAUCAUUGCAAUGAGUGGUUCCAUGGAGACUGUAUCAACAUCACAGAGAAGAUGGCCAAGGCCAUUCGGGAGUGGUACUGCAUGACAUGCCGAGCGAAAUAUCCCCAUUUGGAGAUUAAAUACCGACAUAAGAAGAGCAAGGAUAGGGAAAAAGAGACGGAGAGGGACGAGAACGAAGAGAUGAUGAUGAUAAAGAGCGACAAGAGGAGGAAUAGCACCAGCAGUGUGAGUAAGCAACAGAUUAAACGUUCUGCAAGGAUGUGCGGUGAGUGUGAAUCUUGCAGCCGUACAGAGGAUUGCGGACAGUGUGAUUUCUGCAGAGAUAUGAAGAAGUUUGGAGGCCCAAACAAGGUCCGUCAAAAGUGCCGUUUACGUCAGUGUCAAGUGAGAGCACGGAAAAUGCUGCGUGUUAAGGACGAUGAACUUGCAGUGUUUAGGGAUACCCCAGAACCGCCCAGCCUUGCCGAAUCUCUCUCUGACGACGACCUUCCCCUGGAUCCAGAUCUGUAUCAAGAACUGUGUGCUGGAGGAGCUUUCGAUGACCAUAACUUGCCGUGGCUCAGUGACACAGACGACACGCCGUUUCUCGACUCUGUGCUGAGGAAGAGAGCCGUCAAAGUAAAGCACGUUAAGAGACGCGAGAAGAAGUCAGACAAAAAGAAGGAUGACAAGUACAAGCGACACAAGCAGAAGCAAAGGCACAAGGACAAGGCUAAGCAUUCUGAGCGCUUGGAAAACAGAGAUUACUCGUCACUGCGCCAGUGUUUGGGGCCAAGCUGUGUCCAGCCAGCGCGAGCCACCUCAAAGUACUGCUCCGAUGACUGCGGCAUGAAGCUGGCAGCCAAUCGGAUCUAUGAGAUCCUUCCACAGCGCAUCCAGCAGUGGCAACAGAACCCAUGCGUUGCAGAGGAACAAGGAAAGAAGUUGUUGGAACGAAUCCGCAGAGAGCAGCAGCAAGCACGUACAAAGCUUCAAGAAAUGGAGCGUCGCUUUCACGAGCUGGAGGGCGUAAUCAGCAAAGCCAAACAGCAGCAGAUCCGAGAGGAUGAAGAGACCAAUGACGGGGACAGCGAUGACACAGAUUUUCAGAUUUUCUGUGUGUCUUGUGGCCAUCCAAUUAAUCCCAAAGUUGCUCUGAGGCACAUGGAGCGCUGUUAUGCCAAGUAUGAAAGCCAGACAUCCUUUGGAUCAAUGUACCCUACCAGAAUUGAAGGAGCUACUCGUCUCUUUUGUGAUGUGUACAACCCACAGAGUAAAACCUACUGCAAGCGGUUGCAAGUUUUGUGUCCAGAACAUUCACGAGACCCCAAGGUGCCAGCAGACGAAGUGUGUGGCUGUCCCAUGACGAAAGAUGUAUUUGAGUUGACAGGUGAUUUCUGCAGGGUUCCAAAGAGGAAAUGUAACAGGCACUACUGCUGGGAGAAACUGCGCCGCGCCGAGGUGGAUUUAGAACGUGUCCGUGUGUGGUACAAACUGGAUGAACUCUUUGAACAAGAGCGCAACGUUCGAAUGGCCAUGACCAACCGAGCUGGACUUUUAGCUCUCAUGUUACACCAAACGAUUCAGCACGACCCUGUGACCACAGAUCUGCGCACUCACUCUGAACGCUGAGAAGCUUCCCUAUCUUACCUCCACAAAGGGAGAGAGGGCUUUGUAUUAAAAACUGAUAUUUCUUUAAACUUUUAUAAAAAAAAAAUUGUGCUGAGCUGGUGUUUAAAGAGACUGCAAUUUGUCCUGAAUUUUUCUUAUGUUUUACAUCGCAUCGUUUAUGUACUUGAUGGAACGUCAGUCUUUUAUCAGCCAUUUUUAAACAGAAUCUUUCAUUCUCAUAGACUGUGUUGAAUCGCACAGAGGAUUGUUUUUGUGGUCUGCCGAGAAUACGGUAAUUUCAUGGGUGUUCCAGUUGGCUCUUUAUUAGAAUACACUAGCUGAGAGAUUUUCAACUACAGUUUUCCACAUGAAUGUGUAUUGUAUUUUAUGAAAUAUGAAUCCUGUUAUUUUUUUUUUAAUAGACCACUCCAUGCAAAUAUG